GGGGGAAUGACACGGAGCAGGAGAAAGAGAGAGGAUGCAGAGGAGAGAGAGGAGAGGGAGAGAGAGUUUGCCGAGUAUUAUUUGAUGUGUCGAGCCUCUCUUCCAAGCAGCUUCUCGGAAUCCAGUGUCACUUCUACCUCCUGGAGCCUCUCAGCUUAGCCGUCUCUCUGCAAUCAGGAGUCAGCAGGCAGCUGCCCAGCCUACUCUCACACACACACACACACACACACACACACACACACACACACACACACACACACACACACACACACACACACACACACACACACACACACACACACACACACACACACACACACACACACACACACACACACACACACACACACACACACACACACACACACACACACACACACACACACACACACACACACACACACCAAUAGCUCUGGAGAUGAGCAACACAGAGGCACUUCAAGAGGCUGUAGGAUAGGAGUGUGUUUUCUAUCAGGCAGGCAGUGAACAAUGUCGGUGAAGCUGCGGUUUGAGUGUCCAGCGGAUGGGUGCGUGGUCCAGAGGAGCUGCUCCUUCACGAGGUUCAGCCCCGUGAGUGGACGCCGCCGGGUCUCCCCUUUACAAAACUCUUUUCGAUCCAAGGCCCUGUCGGGGAAAUCUACCAGGGUGCAUCCUUCUCCCAGUCGGAUUGGAGCCAGUAUCUGGGGACAGCAACCUGAGCAGGUGGACCGGAUAUUUCAGGCCUUACGGAAAGGCCUCAAGGAGUAUCUAGAUGGCCAUCAGACGGAGAUGGACUUCCUGUCCUCCCAGCAAAGAGACACCAAGAGGAACUCCAGACUGGCUUUUCUGUAUGAUUUGGAGAAGGAGAUCCGAGCAUUGGAGAGAUACAUAAGAAGACUGGAGUUCCAAAUCAGCAAGGUGGAAGAGCUGUACGAGACUUACUGUAUUCAGUGGCGUCUGUGUCAGGGGGCGGUGAACAUGAAGAAAGCCUUCGCUCUAUCGCCCUCUUCACGGGCUUCCAGAGAGAGCCUGCAGGAACUCAACCGUAACCAUCGCCACAGCCUGGAGGAUAUGUGUGUCAUGGAGGGGGAGUUGGAGAUUCUCUUGGGAGAGCUUCACAUCAAAAUGAAAGGAUUGAUCGGCUUCGCUCGACUAUGCCCAGGCGACCAAUACGAAGUUGUGAUCCGUCUGGGGAGGCAGAGGUGGAAGAUCCGGGGAAAAAUCCAGACGGAUGAUAGGCAGUCAUGGGAUGUGGAGGAGAUGAUCUUCCUCGCUCACAUCCACGAGAACUUUGAUAUAAAGGUAACAGAGGUCAAGGGGCUGGGCUCCCUGCUGGUUGGCGUGGUAAUGUGUAAGAGUGCUGACUUCUUCAUGUCUCGACCCCAGCUCAUGGUAGUGGACAUCACUGAACUAGGCACCGUCAAGCUCCAACUAGAGGUGGUGUGGAAUCCGUUUGACAGUGGGGAGAUGAGGCCAAUCACCACUGCAUCCAGCAGGCAGUCCAUCCACAGCAGGAAGGGCUCAGUGUACAGCUGGAUCCCUCCCAACACACCCAGCUUCACAGAGAAAUACUUCAUAUCCAUGGUACGACAGCUCCAGCAUGACCCAGAGGGCUCCUUCUCCCUGGUGUCACGGGAGUCUCGAGGGGUGUCUCUACUCAGCUUCCUUGCUGACACCUCCCAGGCCCUCAACCCCACCCCCACGUACAGCCAAGGGGGCAGCCAGACCCAAAUCAGCCUGACGGAGGACCUAGUCUCAGAGAGCAGCCCACCAGAAGAGAGGACGUCGAGGGGACUUCCAGGGACUUCUGAGACAGGGGACGAGUGGCCCCCGACCGACCCGGACACGGGCCUCUCCUCUCCCUCAACACCCGGGGAGACGAAGCGGGGGUCCAUGCUAGCCCAGCAGCAGCGGUACAGCACUCCGGACAUCCUCAGGCAGAAUGGAGGGGGCCCCAGCUCCAGAUCUAGCCCAAGUCCUGGUAGAGAGACAGACACUGAGAUUGUUCCAAUAAGGAGCAGCAAAGGGGGGCCAGGUGUGGAGAUGGAGGUGAGGCUUGGGUACGAGGACAUUCAGGAGCAGGAGAAGGAGGCUCUAGCCAGGCCGGUGGUGACCAGUAACCAGCACAAGGCUCAGGCUCUGAGGAUCGGUGCUCUGUUGGGGGAGCUGGAGUCGGCUCUACAGAGCCAGGAGUGCAAAGAGAGAGAGCUGAGGACACUAGAAAACCAGAUCCUGCACCUCAACACCAUCUUAAAAAAUGACCUUUCCUUGCUGAAGAGCUCCUCUGCCAAAACACUUGCUGUGGAAGAGAAGGAGGUGCUGGAGAGUUUUGACUUCCUCUCCACAGACUUCAAUGCUGAUGAAGACGUCUCCUGUAUGGGCAGCGUGCGCCUUAAUGACACAGGAAUCAGCUCAUUCCAGGAAAGCACGCUGAGGAGCCUGGGGCUUUUCUAUCAGGAAAGCCAAUCACGAGACAAGCUAGAUGUUGCCACGCUGACCACUGGGAACUAUAGUCUGGACCAUGCUCUGGAAACACACCUGGGCAUCUGCACUCUACUGCUGGAGGCAAUGAGGAGUUCAGAGUCAGUGGUAGUUCACAGGGACAUUUUGGAAGAGAUGUCACUCCAAGCAGAGGUACUUGAAAAAGUGAGCAGGUUGAUGUUGGAGACGGCAGACAUGCUCUCUGUCAGUAACAUUCUCCCAAAGGCACAGAGACAGAGGGAGUUGCUGGUGUUUUGGGAGGAGUGUACAAGCACCGAGUCGCCCCUCUGCUGCCCCACUGACAUGUUUGUCCAGACCCUAAGGAAACGCUACAUCCACAAGGUCAAAGCCAAGCAGCCCGGCCAGCCAGACGCAGUGUUUGCGCAGCUGUUGCAGCAGAUCCAAGCUAGCUGUCGGAUGGUGCCUAUGGCCCGCUACAGUCCACAGAGGGUCACAGUUUUCCAGCUCUCCACCUACCUGAGCCGCUGGAGCUUCACAGACCUGGGAGAACACAUCUCCCGCCUCUCCAAAGAAGUGCACCUGGUGUCUGCUCUGGAGAGUCCUAAGAGGAGAAAGGCCUUGAAGAAGCUGAAAGGGAGGCGCAUCGUCGAACUGCUGCCCCUGGGCUAUACCCUCCAGCGCCUAGCCAGCCUCCAGACAGAUGUCAACCACAAGGUGUCCCAGGCUGCCAGCAACUGUCUCUGCAGAGCCGUGGGCUACAAGGCCUUCAGGACAAAGGCUAUCGUCUACUACACGGAAACGCUGAGGGACAGCAAUGUCCAGCUCCAGCAGGCUGCGUGUCUGGCCCUCAAGUGUCUCAAAGCGACUGAGAGUGUGGAGCAGGUGGCUGAGUUGUGGCGGUCGGCUGACGAGGACCUACGCAGCGCUGCUAGAGAGACUGUGCUAUCAUUUGGUAAAAAAGGUCACCUUGCAUUCCAGCGAAUGGACAAGAUUUAUUGUGAGUUGCAAGAUGAAGCAUAUCAGAACUUGGAUACUGAAAUCACAAUCCUUUAAAGUUGAGAGAAAAGUCAUAUGAAUGUACCCCCCUCUCCCGGUUGGGCUGCCAAACUGCAGUGACUGGAUCUGAGCCAGAGGAACAUUUAGAAUAGACCAGCAGCAAAACAUAAUGGGCCAUAAUCCCUGUACAUACUCAAACUGUACAGAUGUUGUACAAAGCAGUUGUCCUGACAGUGUAUGGGGCCUUAAACAGUCACCCGGCUUCAUGUACAGGCAAAACCUGUAUAACCACUAGGUGCUCUGUAUGAUAUAAAACACUUCAGAUAUUUAUUCUAUAUUUUAGCAGUAUCAAUAUGAAAUGUACACAAUACAAAUAAAGUGGAUACAUGUACA